AUGUCUUACCACCCCACGAAUGAGAUCGUACCCGUGGUGACCACGCCGUUGGCAGCCAAGGAUCCAAGCAGUGAACAACGAGACUCGGAAAAGUUUGACCGCAGGAAUACUACUCAACGCUAUGUCAAACAUGCCCGUGCAGCCAAGAGUUUUCUGAUAGGGCCUAUGCCUGUCCGAGAAUUUCUGGGCUUCUUGCCAGAGACGGAUAUGUCACGGAUGCCGCUUGCUGUGGACGCGUUCAAAGGCAUCCCUACCGAAGCAAAACAGAAAUGUGAAAUUAUAGCACCCAUAAUCACUGCGCUAAACGGCGAGGACGUGGAGAACCCUCGGUGUCCUGGCUUUGUCUUCAAAGACACCACCACGCGUAGCUUCGACUGCGGAAAAAUCGGCUCAUUAAAUCCCGACAUCUGCUGUUAUGUCCAGGAAUUCACAGACUCAGUCAAACCCAACCCUCCACCCACAAACUCACUCGCUCACGCUGAGUUACACAUUGACGUGAAGCGGAAACCCGGUCUUGAUUUUCUAUCAGAUGCCGCUCCAGACGAUGACCGUUCCUCGCAUAGCUUUAUUCUCAACAUCGAGGAUGAAACCCUUCGUAAGAGGGCCGAGCUAUCGCUGGGAAAGAACGUUGCAUGUGCGAUCGAGGCGUGCGCGCGACAGCAUCGCACGUUCUACUUUUCAGUCUCAUUGGCUGGAUCGCACGCUCGCCUCAUUCGUUCGGAUCGUGCCGGAGCAAUUGCCUCGGAGUCUUUCAACCUCCACGACAACCCGAAGCCCCUCUGCGAGUUCCUAUGGCGAUACGCGCAUGCAUCAAAUUCACAACGCGGGUGUGACUCCACCGUCGAACCUGCGAGCCCAAUGGAGGAGGCCUUAUUUAAGAUGACUAUUGAGCAACAUGUCAAGCUGCAACUGAAUCUCAGAGGAGGAAAGGCACUUCGAACCGCCGUCGAGGAGCACUAUCAGCCCGGUGUUGUCGCGGCCAUUAAUAUGGUCGGCAAGGACGCUGUGGUGCGCCGACUCCUCGUAUCUCGGCCAGUUGUAUCUCCGCUCUACAUGACUGGUCGGUGUACCCGUGGCUAUUGGGCAGUGACCACUGGUGGUCCGACCGACGAAGUCAUGUUUUUAAAGGACACCUGGCGAUACAAUGUGCCGCGAGUGAAAGAGGGCAAUAUCUUGGAAGAUCUGUCGGACGCUGGGGUGCCGCAUAUUCCACACUUGGUUUAUCACAGCGACGUACUGGUGCCAAUGAUGACCACCAAAGAGGAGAGCGAGGACGAAAGUGAGAACGAAGACAAUGACGAAGAAACGCCAGGCGUAUAUUUAAAUUUUCAGUGCACACAAUCGGAUCGAUACCAGCGAGCGCCGUGGGUGUGCAGUGGUGGACGUCGCGAAGUAUCUCUGACACCCCACGUACAUUAUCGGUUAGUGGUGGGCACCGUAGGAUAUGGGCUAGAUCGGUUCAAAGGAUCGGAGGAGCUCCUUUACGCUACUUACGAUGCAUAUGAAGCUAUGAUGGCUGCCUUCAACAUUGAAGACCCUGCGAAGCGUAGGCUCCACUGCGACGUCAGCUUGGGGAACAUCAUUCUAGUCAAGGAUCCGAAUUCCGACAGUACAGUUAGGCGUGGCUAUCUCAUUGAUUGGGAAUUUUCGUCGCUUGUGACCGAAGCAGAAAGCUCUCAAAGCCAGCACAAAACGGGCACCCUCCAGUAUAUGUCGCAACGUCUGCUGCAGCGGAAGAACGUUCAUCAUACAUUUCAGGAUGAUAUGGAAUCCAUAUUCUACGUCGUCCUCUACUGCAGCUUGCGAUGGUUACCCCAUAAUCGACCACCGAACGAGUUGGCUGAGACAUUGUGGAGAUUUUUUGAGAACGACUGGGUAAACAAAGACGGCAUUCGGAUGGGUGGCGACGGAAAGAUUUCGAAUAUGGUCACCAGGUGUCACACAACCGAUCUUCAUUUCCCAAGCCCGGGAAUUCAAUCGUGGCUUGAAGAAGUUAUGAACUUCUCUGCAGACUACGCCUUGGAGAAAGAUACUGGAUUUGCCGAGGUUUGGAGAAAUCCAGCAAGUUUUGCCGAGUUUUGGCGCGAUUUCCUUGACACCCACCAACUCUCCGCUGACGAUAGAUUUAAUCAUCGACUACCCCCAGCUCGUCGCCCUGGUGUCAUGAUGUCUUACCCCUUAACGUCGUCUGCGUCGCUCAAUUCUCGUGCAGUUCCUUCUGGUAAUACCACUACCUCUAGUCAGAGCUACCAGCUCUCUGACGGUGCUACAUCCAAUCGUCAGCAACCAAUACCUCGAGCUCACCAUUCUGGUGCCAUGAUGUCAGACGCUUCGACUUCGUCUGCGUCUUCCAGUCUUCAUACACCUUCUUCUGGGAUUACGACUACCCCGCCACUCAAGCGCAAGGCUGGGGAAGAGCCCAUUAACGCUCACUGCCGAGUUACUAAGCGAAUUGUUGUAAUGCCGGCACCCCGCAAAUACAAUACUAGGUCUUCGACUUCACUUGUCUCGGGAUUGAAGCGCAAAGUGGAAGGGGAGCUGGUUGAUCCUCGAAGAACGAAGCGUAAGGCAAAGAAAGGCCUCGCCGACGUGCAGGUGCGCGAGGCAAAGGGAAGGGAUGGAUCGGUCCGAGCUUUGGGAACCGAAAUUGGAUCUGCGACACGCUCAACGUUGACGACGCACAGAAGACGAGCGGAAGGCAAAAGGUUGGGAGCAGCUGCAGGCAGUUCUGGGUCACAAAGACGUCAACACAAUGCCUCCAGUCCGAAGAAGGGCACCUGA